AUGUCCGAUCGAGCACAUUCGCCUCCUGCUCAAACGAAUGAAGCGGUUGACACACAAGAAAGAGGCAAGGUUCAAAGCCGGCCAGACAGGACGAGAAGGAAAUUAGACCUCAGUCAAAACAAACGGGGGGCGUUCUCAGUGCUUCUUGGAACUCUGAGCAAAGCAAAGAAGGAGGACAAGAUCAGGAGUGCAUCCGAGGCGGCGCAAAAGCGGGCAUUGUUGGAAAAGCGGCUAAAUGCGAAACUGGCCCGCGAGACCAUAUCCGCAGGGAGAGCGGAACAGUCAAAGAGGAUACAGGGCACUGCAAAUAAACGGGAGCAAGAACUUGCGAUGAAGCAUAGUCUCAUGCGACACCGGCAACAACAGUUUCCAUCACUUGCAAAAUCACUCUUGUCUUCCGAUAAUACAGACACCGACCCAGAGUCACUAGAUUGGAAGGAAACUCUCUCCACAAUAAACCCCCCUCGCCGGCACGGUGCAAAGCCUACUUCUACUCGCUCUGUAAUCUUUUACAAGCCCAAAAUACUGCUAGGGUGGCAGGAAACGCUCUUAAACAAGCGGGAGGCGGCAGUGACAAAAGCCCUGGCGGAGGAGUGGAAAGCGUGGCAGACAGAGUGCUCGGAAGCUCGCGAACAGAUAUCCCGUUUGCGAAAAGAGGCCGAAGAGCUCCUCAAGGAACUUCCUGCCGCAGACGAAAACGAUGAGGAGAUGAAAGAUGCUGUCGAGCCUGCUGCAGUUGGCGAGAGUCAGCCUGCGGAGUAA